UAACGUGUAUUUAAUACCUCCAAGGACAGUUAACUGGAUUUAGCUGAUACAUUAUUUUAUUUACGAACUCAAAAUGCUCCCGUUGUAUAAAAGCACAAGGUACAUUUACUAACGUUAGUAACGUUGAUGUAGGCGUGCUUUGCGUUGGAAUGUACCAUUUUUGCCAACACGGAAGGAUUUUGUUGUGACAGCGGAGAAACCGAGAAGAAACCCGGCGGGGGCACUAAACGGUCAUAACGGAACGUUAGGUUUUUUCAUCUUGGAUUAACAAUGGCAUUCAGCAAGGGAUAUCGCAUUUACCACAAGCUGGACCCACCCCCCUACAGUGUUAUAGUGGAAACUAGAACCAGGGAAGAAUGCCUCAUGUUUGAAUCGGGGGCUGUUGCUGUUCUGUCGGCGGCAGAAAAGGAGGCCAUUAAAAACACAUACGCCAAGAUUGUUGAUGCCUAUGGCAUCCUGGGUGUCCUCCGCCUUAACCUGGGUGACUCCAUGCUCCACAGUCUGGUGGUUGUGACAGGAUGCAGCUCUGUGGGGAAGGUGCAGGAUUCUGAGGUUUUCAGGGUCACACAAACUGAUUUUAUAUCACUGAAGAAUGAUCCAGGAGAUGAGGACCGGAUCGCUGAAGUACGAAAGGUCCUGAACUCAGGACACUUCUACUUUGCGUGGUCGGCCACUGGAGUCAGCAUGGACUUGAGUCUCAAUGCACAUCGUAGGAUCCUAGAGGACACUACAGAUAACCGCUUCUUUUGGAACCAAUCUCUGCACCUGCACCUGAAACACUACGGAGUAAACUGUGAUGACUGGCUGUUGAGGCUGAUGUGUGGUGGUGUGGAGAUCAGAACCAUAUAUGCAGGGCACAAACAGGCAAAGGCUUGCACCUUCUCCCGCCUCAGCUCCGAGCGAGCCGGCACGCGAUUCAACGUCCGAGGUACAAAUGACGACGGACAGGUGGCCAACUUUGUGGAGACUGAACAGGUUAUUUUCCUGGACGACAAAGUCUCGUCCUUCAUACAGAUCCGUGGGUCCAUUCCUCUUUUCUGGGAACAGCCAGGAAUCCAGAAAAAGAGCAUUAAGGGUGUUUUGUUGCACCUGAAUGAGAAUCGGCACCCUAAAGGGACGGAUGACAACCCCCACCUGGUUGGCUCUCAUCGUGUCAAGCUCUCAAGGGGAUUUGAGGCAAAUGCACCAGCAUUCGAAAGACACUUCACAGCACUGCGGAGGUUGUAUGGUAAACAGGUGAUCAUCAAUCUGCUUGGGAGUAAGGAAGGAGAACACAUGCUCAGCAAAGCUUUUCAGAGUCACCUGAAGGCAUCAGAGCACGCAACAGCAGUCAAAAUGGUGAACUUUGACUACCAUCAAAAUGUGAAGGGAGGCAAGGCAGACAAACUCCACAGUGUCCUCAAACCCUACAUCAGCAAGUUCAUGGAAGAGUGUGGGUUCUUCUACUACUCGGGAGAGACGGGCAUCGCAAGGACUCAGGGUGGGACCAUUAGAACUAACUGCCUGGACUGUCUGGAUAGAACCAACAGUGUCCAGGCCUUCUUUGCCCUUGAGAUGUUGCCAAAGCAGCUGGAGGAAAUGGGUCUGACGGAGAAGCCCCAGCUGGUGGCCAGGUUUCAGGAGGUUUUUAGGACCAUGUGGUCUGCCAAUGGAGACUCUGUCAGCAAGAUCUACGCGGGCACAGGUGCCCUGGAUGGCAAGGCCAAGGCGGGGAAGCUAAAAGAUGGUGCUCGUUCUGUGACAAGGACCAUCCAGAACAACUUCUUUGACAGUUCUAAGCAGGAGGCUAUAGACAUCCUGAGGCUGGGCUCCACACUCAACAGUGAUUUGGCAGACAAAGCUCGGGCCCUGCUCACCACUUCCAGUCUUUAUGUCACUGAGCCCGUCUUACAAUCAGCCUCCCCAAGAGUAUUGCUGGGAAUGUGUCAGAACUACCAUAAAUACACGAGGCCCAAGAAGAUCCGGGUGGGUGUCGGGACCUGGAAUGUCAACGGGGGUAAACAGUUUCGCAGCAUUGCUUACCGCAACCAGACACUCAACGACUGGCUGUUAGAUGCUCCAAAGAAGGCAGGGCAUCCUGAGUUCCAGGAUAGCAAAGCCAACCCCAUAGAUAUCUUUGCCAUCGGUUUUGAGGAAAUGGUUGAACUGAAUGCUGGCAAUAUUGUCAGUGCGAGCACUACAAACCAGAAACUAUGGGCAGCUGAGCUCCAAAAAAACAUAUCGCGGGACCACAAGUAUGUGCUGCUUGCUUCAGAGCAGCUGGUCGGAGUUUGUCUGUUUGUUUUCAUCCGCCCACAGCACGCACCCUUCAUCAGGGAUGUUGCUGUAGAUACUGUAAAAACUGGUAUGGGUGGGGCUACAGGCAAUAAAGGAGGUGUAGCCAUCCGCCUGCUCUUCCACACCACCAGCAUCUGCUUCGUCUGCUCCCACUUUGCUGCUGGCCAGUCACAGGUCAAGGAGAGGAACGACGACUACAAUGAGAUCACGCGCAGACUCACCUUCCCCAUGGGUCGUCUGCUGUACUCGCAUGACUACGUUUUCUGGUGUGGAGACUUUAAUUAUCGAAUCAGUCUGCCCAAUGAGGAAGUGAAAGAGCUAAUCAAACAGCAGAACUGGGAUGCCUUGACAGCUGGGGACCAGUUGUUGGACCAGAAGAAUGCUGGUUUGGUUUUCCGAGGUUUUAUCGAGGGGAAGAUAGAUUUUGCUCCCACCUAUAAGUAUGACCUCUUCUCAGAAGAUUAUGACACCAGUGAGAAGUGCCGCACACCAGCCUGGACUGACCGCAUACUCUGGAAGAGGAGGAAGUGGAACUUUAGCAAAACAGCUGAGGAGAUGAAUGUAGUAGGGGCAGGUUCUACUUCUAGGGACAAUGAGGACGAUCCAGACAAUCCCUGGAGCCCUGGGACUUUGAAGUACUAUGGCAGGGCUGAGCUUAAGACCUCAGACCACAGGCCCGUGGUGUCGAUAAUAGAUGUGGACAUCCUGGAGGUCGACCCGGACGCGCGGCACCAGGUCUACAAAGACGUCAUUGCCCUGCAGGGGCCUCCAGACGGCACCAUCCUGGUGUCCCUCUGCUCCUCCGGCCCUGACGACUACUUUGACGAUGCGCUCAUAGACGAGCUGCUGGACAAGUUUGCUCAUUUUGGAGAGGUCAUCCUCAUCAGGUUUGUUGAGGAGAAGAUGUGGGUGACUUUCCUGGAAGGUUACUCUGCUCUUGCUGCUCUGUCUCUCAGCGCCUCCACUGUCCUCGGCAAGAUGUUGGAUAUCCGUCUGAAGAGUCCAGGUUGGAUCAAGAAUCUAGAGGAUGAGAUGAGCGUGGAUAGGAUCUGUGGAAGCAUCCCCACGUCGGCCAGCUCCACCCUGCUGGCUGAGGACACGGACAUGGGCGAUGAUGAUUACGAUAUGGAAGGUGAUGUGGACGAGGAGGUGGAGGAGAUCCUUCCCCAGCAUCUUCAGCCUGGAGCAGGCUCUGGCCCUGGAUCCUCCCCUCUCCCCUCCCCCCGCAGUAGUCCCUGUCCCUCCCCUACCCAUGGAGAACCUACCGCCCCCAGCAGGCCUAGUCGUGGAGUACAACCCUCCCGACCAUCACAUGCAGAGUUAAGCCCAUCAUCAUUGAGGAGAGAAAUUACAGGGCCUCCUGUUGACUUCCAGCCUGGUGCCCCCAUGUCUCUAGAGCCCAAACGCCCGCCUCCCCCUCGUCCCCACGGCCCCCCAGCCAGACCAGCACCUCCUCAACGCCCACCACCACCUUCAGGAGGCAUGAGCCCUCUGCCAGUUAGAAAGGACUCUGGAGACUGUGGCGAAUGUCCCAGCCCACUGUUUGGUAGGAGAGGCAGUGAAGGUAACUGGCCUGGUAGGAGAGGCAGUGAAGGUAACUGGCCUGGUAGGAGAGGCAGUGAAGGACCAAAAAGCCCCGCUCUUCCUCAGCCAGAUGCUGCUGCAGCUCGAGGCCAGGUAGCAGUGGGAGCUCCUGGACCUGGAGGUGCUCCCAGACCGAAUAUCCCUGCUCGUGCUGGGGUAAUCAGUAUUCCCCCUCAGUCUCGCCCACCACCUCUCUCUCACCCUGGAGCACCCAGACCCAUACCAGACGUGCAUCCUGGGGCCCCUCGGCCCAUCCCAGACACCCACCCUGGAGCCCCACGACCUGUGCCCAGUGGCCAGGCCAAACCUACUGACCUGCCUCUGGGUCCUCCUCCUUUAGAGCCCCCUGCAGCGAGACCUCAGGUUCCAUCACCCAUGCAGCCCCAAACAGCUUCCCCUUCAGUUCAGUCCCAACUCCCACCAGCAAUGCAGCCCCCCAUGCAGCCCCAAACAGCUUCCCCUUCAGUUCAGUCCCAACUCCCACCAGCAAUGCAGCCCCCCAUGCAGCCCCAACCAGCUGCCCCUUCAGUUCAGUCCCAACUCCCACCACCGAUGCAGCCCACAUUUCCACCUCCACUCCAGCCACAGCAAGCUCCUAAAGCAGCGUCCCCUCCUGCCGCCACUGCUGCUACCCCCCCUGCUGGGCUUCCACAGGGUCUAGCCUCCCCUAAACCCCCACCACGCUCCCGCUCCUCUCACACUCUGCCACCUGAUGCUGCCAAGUCUGAGACUGCCCCAGCUGCGCAGACGAAUGGCCUGAAUGGAAUCCAAAGAGAAGCACAAUGGAUGCCCGAACCCUUCGACACCCUUACUUCUGAUUUUGUCUCCUCUUCCUCAUUCUCCUGGCACACCACCCAGUCCCUGACCAGAGGCUCCUCUCUGCGUACUCCCCCCUCUGUUCCUGUGUCUACGAUGUCCUCCAGCACUCUCCCUUCAUCCUUCUCCCUCCAGUCAUCUGCUCUGUCAGACCUGCAGGCACUUGAUUCAUCCUCCUCAUCCUCACUCUCCACCCCAUCACCGUUCACCUCCUCCCUGCUCCCGCCCCCUCCGGUUCCGUCUCGUAGCCGCUCGCAGGAGACACUGCGUGCGUCCCCUGGCCCCCUCCCGACUGACUUGCUUCCUGCCCGACCCAGCAGCACCAAUCCCUUCACAGGCCCACUGGCGCAUCAGCAGAACCGCUGCCUCACCCCGGACUUCAGCGUCCAGCUUACCGCCCCGAAGCCAAACAUUCAGAGGAACAUGUCUGUUCUUACUCAACCACUCAUCCCCACCCCUGCUCCAACAGCAGCCCCUACUGCUGCACCCACCUCCCAGCUACAAAUUACCAUGUCCCUGUUUGGUCCAUCAUCCACUUUUAAUCCUACACCUGCUCCUCUGCUCCCCCUCGCCCCAUCUCCUGUCUCCUUCUUGCCUUUGGCACCAACCUCCUCCAUUCUGCCUGCACUUCGUGGCCAGCCACCUCCUCCAGGAGCCAAACCGACCCAGCAUUGGGUCACUUUUGAUGAUGAUUUGGAUUUUCAACCUCCAACUAAAACACCACAAGCCCCCGUCUUCCCUUCCGGUUCCCUAUUGUCCCAGACUCAGACUCGGCCCUCCCGCUCUGUGUUUGACUCCGAGCCCGACUGGUUAUCCUCGGCCCCUUCAGUGUUCCCAACUCUCCCUCCUCCCAUCCCAACUAGAACUGUAACCAGUAACCCAAAGCUCCCAGAGGGACCCAGUGAUGACUUCUUCUUCCCUAGGGAGUCAACAGAAAGAUAGGAUCACUCUUAAUAUGUAAAGGGCAUAUCCAGAUAUGUAUAGAUAUAUGAUAAAUGUGUAUAUGUGUGUUUGUGUGUGUAUGUACAAAAGAGACAGUAUUUAAGAAGUAUAAACGCAGGAAAGGAUUUAUAUCUCGAGCAGCAACGUGAGAGGUGUAUGAGCCUAAAGUUGUGUUCUACCUUUAUCACAGGGAUGUCUGCUUGUUCUCUGAUAUGACCAUUUAUUUUAAUAUAUGAAUCGUUUUCAUGUUUAUUUUUAUUCAUGGCAGCAAACGUGCCUGUGUCUACAGUAUAGAGGUAUAUAUAGUACAUCUACACGCACAAAUCAUUUGUUUAAUCACCUGUGCAAUAUUCAGACAUUUUCUGUUUUGCUGUGCAGCACAAUGCAUUCGCCUGUCAGGUUCAGUGCUACCUUGGCAUUUGCUACAUUCGCUGACACACUGCGGUUCAUAUUCAUCAUUUUGACUAACCUGUACAUCAGCGUGUAAUUCUCAGAGUAGAGGGUAAUCUUCUACAUUCUCACUUUACAUGUAGUAGAAGGUUAUGCAAUGCAGGUUUUACAUUUGCCCCCAAAAUAGUUUGUUCUAAGUUUUGUGUCUGAGGGGACAAAUUUAAAAGUCAUAUUGUGCACUUGCUUUUAUCAUGAAUGUACUUAAUGUUGCACUGGUCAUUGCUUAAUGCUGACGUCACAGCAUGAAAAAGAACCGCACGAGUCAGUGUCCUAGUCAGUGUCAUAGUCCGUCAAACUGCCGCAGUACUGAUGCUCUAUAAUGCCAUCCCAUCCACUUGAUAGUAAGAUAUUUUGUUCACUUUCUAUUCAGCCAUCAGUCUUUGUCAAUUGUCUGUUACGGUUAGCCUAAUAUAUUUUGUAGCUCUACUGUAUAUCGAAACCUAUACAUAGUGUUUAUGUAUAAAUGUACGUUUUCAACAUGGAAAUUACUCGCUUAAAUGUGCAUUUGUGAUGACCGUAUCAGUGGUUUGCACAAUGUUACUGAUAUGAACUGAAAGGCUGUAUUCUCUCUUGUUUGUAUUCUUGCUGAUAGAAAUGAGAGCCUGUGGAUUGAACAGAUGACAUUUACACCUCUGUAGUGUUUUGAUCCUUCUUGAUUUCUCCAAAGCAUUUAACCACACUAUUGUAAAUUCAAAGAAUGUGGCGUGUGUAUACUUCGGUUACUCAAAGUUCGAAGAUGGUGUGAUUUGGGUCUGUGGACAUGGCAGCAGACAAGCCAUGCAUAAUAAUAAUAAUAAUAAUAAAGAGGGCACUUUUUUUUUUUACUUCAAAUUUUGUUAAUUACAAAAGUAAUGCUUUUAAUUUCUAAGAACAUUUACUCUAAAUAAUCUAUUGUUGAUACUGUGGUGAGAAGUAACGUGCUGUGUUUGAGGUGCAUAUCGUCUUGUUGUGUCUGACAAAGUUUGUGUUUUGGAUGUGAGUGUGUAUGUGUGUGUGUACAGAGUUAAGAGUGGAAUAUCAGCGCUUUUCCCCUAAGGAAGUCUUCUCUUUUAAGUGCACACAGUGUAUUCGCUUACAGAUUCUGAACUGACGGCCACUGUAUUCACACGCUUAUGGCUGUAACUGCAUUUCCGCUCUCUGGCCUUCCAAGGGCUGUGGAGUGGCUUCACUGUAUGCGAAAAAUGAUAAUACAAGACCAAUGACUUUUUCACAAAGCACCCACCACAUGAGUGAGAAUUCCCCUACAGCAACACUAAAGGAAGACUAUUCACCACCUUGACUGAAUAUACAGACUCAACUACACUGUAUGCUUGAAUGCGUGGCCAGAUUCUCAGUUCCAGUUGACUGUUUGUGUCCUUCCUAGGCGCAGCAUUGCCCACAUUCCAGACAGUAGUGUGAUUUGAGUGUUGGGUGUCAAACUGUCCUCAGCGUUUGCAGAUCCACCUGUGAUAUCUAAUCCAUAGCUGUAUCCUCCAGUUGAGAGUAAUUGUUACUGAGCCUCGCUGGUUUUGUAACCAUUCAUGAGGUGUGUGUGGUGUUGUCAGAGGUGAUGUGUCUGUAUUUGUCCCUGUACUACCUUACUGCUCUCUUUCACUGCUGAUGAGUUGUAUUAUUUAUGGUCUUAAAAGCAUGGAGGAUAAAACAUUUGACCCAGGAAAGUACCAACUAAAGCUUCUGCACUUUGUUUAAACACAAUGUAAAGUCAGUACAAAUAAUCUGUGUUCAUUGCACUGAAAGCAGUAGAUACUGUAUCUAUGUAAGCAAGUGUAUCGGGUUGCAUUUGCUUGCAUGUGGAUGUCAUCUCUAAAAUGCAUUUAUUGUGUUAUCCAACUGUGUGCAGUAGAUACUGUAUCUGCAUAAACAGUAAGGGACUAACCAGCGCUUUGUGUCAUGUCAUGUUCAAGAUGAGGUUUUAUAGGAAACAAAUUGCUCCUUUUGUGAGGUUGGUGUCCCUUUUUAUGGCUAUAAUCCAUAGUAAAUAAAGAGCCUGUGUUGUUGAACAUAUUCUGUAUGUAUUAAAGAGAAAACAUGAAGCUGCCAUUCGGGUUCGGCACAUUUAUGUAUGAAGCCGUUUAUGUUGUAUGUAUGCAAAAAUAAAUGUAAGUUGACCCAGAA